AUGACUGAACAAGAGACAAUAACAUACAUCAGGGGGUAUAUCAUCGAAAAGAAUAAGGCUGCAAAAGCACAAAUUGUGCCAAAACGCAUUAGAGGUACCAGAAGCAAAUUCCAAGAAAAACUUAUCAAAUUCAUGGAAAAAGAACAUGUUUUUGGAAAAGCACCAAUGUUAUCAGAAACACAAUUUAGAGGCACCUAG